AUGUGUCGUGCCAGUACCAUUGGUGCUAAAGAAAGAUGUGACAUGGAGGAUGUUAAUGACAUGUUAGACGAAUUACAUGGUGCCUGCAUUUUUAGUAAAAAUGAUCUUAAAAGCGGUUACCAUCAAAUCAAAAUGAGAGAAGGAAAAUUUGUUGUGAAAAGUACAUUUUGCAUGGAAAGUAUUGUCUUUCUAAGUUUUGUGGUUAGUGCUAAUGGGGUAGAGGUAGAAAAGGAGAAGAUAAAAGCUAUUAAAGACUGGCCUGCACCUAAGAGUAUAACUGAGAACUUGCGGGGUCAAGAAAAGUCGAACAAAAGGCAUGCCAAAUGGAUGGAGUUUAUUGAAAUAUUUCCAUAUGUCAUUCGAUACAAGUAUGGUAAAGAAAAAAUAAUGGCAGAUGCAUUAUCUCGAAGGUAUGCAUUGUUAAAUUCACUAAGCACUGAAUUGCUUGGCUUUGAACAUAUUAAAGAUGUGCAUGGAAAUGAUUUAGAUUUUUUCGAUAUUUACAAAUCAUGUGGUAGUAUCUCUUAUGGAACAAAGUACAAUUCCAUAGUAAAGGAGUCUAGUUAUUGGCUUAUUGCUCAACGGUAUUCUCCGCCACCCUCAGUGUUUGGUAAGGCUAGGAUCAUUCUCAACACACUCUCAAAAAUAAGUUAG